AUGGCUCCAAAGAGAAGACCUGCUGCAAGGAAAAGGAAGACAAAUCCUGCUUCACCUAGAUCCCCUACACCACCACCACCAUCCCCCGAAACACCAAACCCCGCCGAAUUACCACCACCAGAGGUAAACCCACCAACCGUUGGUAUCGAAUAUCCUGAGCAGCAACUUUCAGAUACUGACAAUGUUGAUACAGCCGGCUCAAACUUUGCCUCAGAUGAGGACGAUUUGAUAGCCACUGCCACAACCAGUGCAGCAACUCGCAAGAAGAAUAAACCCAAAACUAAAAGUGCGAGAAUACUGACGAUCGAAGAGGAAGACGAAGUAAUUGAGUGGUUAAAGUCAAAUCGUUUUCUAUACGACAAGACAAGUAUUGAUUUCAAAAAUCGCGAUAAAAAAGAGCGAACAUGGCAUGAAAUGGAACAGAGGAUGAAGUUGAAUCCCGGUGAUCUUCAAAGAUGGUAUACGUCCUUAAGAACCACGUAUGUGAAAGAAGUAAAGAAAAGAGAAAACACCACACGAUCCGGAGCCGGUGUCGGAGAUGGUUUGCUAACAUCUAGAACUAGCUGGUUGUUGGAGAAAUUCGAGUUUGUAAAACCCUUUGUCUGUCAGGCAAGAGGAACCAAGGGGUCACAGAUCAAGAAACCUGACCGGUACUCAGACUGCAGUGAGUCAUCAGUUCCAUCAAUAACGACCAUGGAAAGUACACCACAGUCAGUGACAACAUCGUCAACUACAACAAAGAUAUCUGACUGCCUAGAAAAAGUUUCUCAGCAGUUAGCAGUCCCAAAGAGUGACAUAGAGAAGACCUGCGAUUUCCUUAGUACGCUAAUGGCAAAGAUGACCCCUUCCUGUCUGGAGGAUUUUACGAAUGAAACUAUCUUCAAGGCAAUGGAGUAUGUUAAACAGUCUAAACAGGAACAGCGUCAAACACAACAACCGCCAAGGGAUGAUUUUAAACAGCCAUCCCAGCUUUCAUCUACAUUCACAGACCCUUCCCAGCAAGUAAAUCGCCAAACAUUACCUCAAUUUACCCAAUUACAACCUCAACAGCAAACUACAGUAGGAAAUAACAGGCCUUCAAUUAGACCGACAACAUCAUCCAUGUCGUUCAGGCAUCGUCAGCCGCAACAAAUGUCUACUGAUCGCGACUAUAUCAUUGCACGCAACUUAGCAGCUUCGAAUCCGCCAGCUGACGUCCUUCAACAAUAUGGUCGAUACCAAUGGGCAGAACUGCAACCGACUAACUUGCAACCUAUCUUAAUGGGUCAACAGCAACAGACAGUAUACUCAACUCACACUACAAGUCAGACACCAAGUGCUAUUGAAUCAACUGCGACAGAUACAACAUCAGUACUGACGGAUGCUUAUGAGACAAUAAACCCAGAAACACCUUUCAUAUAG